AUGAAUACUGAUUGCAGCUUAUCACCAACAAAUAAAGAUUCAACAUUUAUGAACACAUCUUCAAAUUUGAAUAUGAUGCAAACAGAUACAUCCCAUCAUGAACAAUAUCAAUCAACUACUGAUGAUCUUGCGCCAGGAUCAAAUGAUGCUUCAUCAUCAGUUAAUAAUAUGAUAUCAUCAUUAAAAUUUUCUAAAUAUUUAACAUGUCACCGACGAGUUGAAAUUGCUCGUGACCUUGAAUUAACUGAACGACAAAUUAAAUGUUGGUUUGGGAAAAUUUCAACUCGUCACGAUUUUUGUUUUCUGGCUUUCGUAACGAAUUGA